AUUUUAGUUAGUAGAAUGUCUAAAGUGGACUACUGAAAUAAAGAGUAACCUCAUUUUCUUCAUGUUCAUGUGUGCUGAUUUUUGCAGUCAUAUUCAGCAACAUGGAUCCCAGGACCAGAAACAACUUCCUACAGUAUUCCAAUCUGCUCACACUGGACCUGAACACAGUGAAUAAACACCUCCGUCUGUGUGACAGGAACAGAGAGAUUACUGGCACUCUCACAGAGCAACCGUAUCCUGACCAUCCGGACAGAUUCGAUGGAUAUAAUCUUCAGGUGUUGUGUAGAGAGAGUGUGCGUGGACGCUGUUACUGGGAGAUUGAGUGGAGUGGGAUGUUUGGUGUGGAUAUAUCAGUGUCAUAUAAGAGCAUCAGCAGGAAAGGAGAGGUUUAUAAGUGUGUGUUUGGACAUAAUAAUCAGUCAUGGAGUUUGUUCUGUUCUCCCUCUAAAUGCUUAUUUGUUCAUAAUAACAAACAGACUGAUCUCCCUAUAGUGUCCAGUCGUAGAAUAGGAGUGUAUGUGGAUCACAGCGCAGGAACUCUGUCCUUCUACAGCGUCUCUGACACAAUGAGACUCAUACACUCAGUCAGGACCACAUUCACUCGACCGCUCUAUCCUGGGUUUUAUGCAUUUAUUGGAUCAUCAGUGAAACUGUGUUGAUGAAUCAGAAUAGAUUUUAGACAUUUCUAUGUAAUUUCUUUGUAUGUCUGCACUAAUAUGUAUGUCUGUGCUCUCUUUUGCACUGGAAGCUCCUGUGAACAAGAAAAAUGCCUGUGUCUGUUGCAGGAAUGGCAAUGAAGCUCUUUCUGAUUGUGAAGUUUUUAGCGGCAUGAAAAAUAAGUGUUAAUGAUUUAUGUUCUUAUUUUUAGUUUUGUAUAUUGAAGAUCUUUUUUUUUUUUUUUCGUUAGUUAAA